AUGAGGCUUCGGCUCUCCAUAGCAUGCGGCAUUUCAAGGGGGCUAGACUUCAUAUAUCAAGGGUCUGAUGACUGUAUCCCUCAUGGGAAUCUCAAGCUUUCAAAUAUCCUCUUGGAUGACAAUGAUGAACCACUGAUUAGCGAGUAUGGGCUUUCAAGUUUCUUCGACCCCAAGAAAGGGUGUCUCAUUUCCUCCAAUGGUUACACAGCCCCAGAAAAAAUGUUGUCGGAGAAGGGAGAUGUUUAUAGCUUCGGCGUGAUUCUUCUGGAGUUACUAACAGGCAAAACUGUAGAAGGAACUGGGAUAGACCUUCCUAAGUGGGUGACUGCCAUGGUUAAGGAGGAGUGGACGGGGGAGGUCUUAGACAAGGAGGUUGCUAAAGCUGCAAAAGAAUGGGCCUUUCCUCUACUCAACAUUGCCCUCAAGUGUGUAUCAGCUUCACCUACAAACAGGCCUACUGUUGAAGAAGUUUACGAAAAGAUUGAAGAGGUUAUACAUGACACUCCGAAUUCAUCGUAUUCUACUACUGAGUGUGGUGGCUACCAAGACAACUACUGUAUGCUUCACUCCAUCAUACCUGAGACCUGGGAUACUCCUGGAUCAAACUAUUAA